UUUUUUACUUUAAUGAUUUUCUUUUUAGUUUGAUAUGUCAUAACAUAGGGAAGAGGUUUUGUUGGAUCUUGCAAAUGCUUUUCGUAUAUGUAAUUAAAUCGACGGACAUAAUUGAUGUUUUUUUAUUUUUAGAAAUAUUUUUUAUUGUUGGCAAUUUUUGGUUGUUUAAACUUUCCAGUAUACCUAAGUUGCGAUCUACAUUCAGUGUUAAUUUUUUAUUUUUCAGGUGA